CACCUCUCUUUCCUCACCACAUUCCUCCUCUGCUUCAGAGGAAAUUGCUGCUCGCUGCCCUUCUAUGAACUGAAUGGGGGCUUCAUGCCAGCCUUGCCCUGAUCUAGUGCUCUGUGGCUUUGGAAAAGAAACUAGAAUGGAUUCUGAGAAGAUACUGUCACAUGUCUGUGGUUCACGUGGAACGUGGACUCAUCUUCAAGGCUUCCAAACUGGACAAGCGUCCAGCUUAAGGACAAGUACGUCUCUCACCAUGUCUGAUAAGGAGGUGUGCGAGGAGAACCCUGCAGAGUAUUGCCUAGGAGGAUACCACCCAGUUCAAACAGGGGAGAUGCUGAACAGACGAUACCAAGUCCUCCACAAAGUGGGCUGGGGCUAUUUCUCCACAGUCUGGCUCUGCCGAGAUUUGCAGAAGAAGAAGUAUGUUGCAGUGAAAGUAUCAAAGAGUGGGAAAAAGUUUACUGAGGCCGCCUUGGAUGAAAUCUCGCUGCUAAAUUGUGUAAAUGGUGCUCACAAAAAAGAAUCCCAAGGAGAAAACGUCAUACAGUUUCUUCAAGACUUUAAACUGAUCGGAGAAAAUGGCCUUCAUGUCUGCCUGGUGUUUGAGCUUCUGGGACCCUCCCUCUUACAUCUGAUGAGGAACCAUGGGCGGAAGGGGCUGCCACUGACCUGCGUGAAGAGGAUCCUACAGCAGGUACUGCAAGGUCUAAACUUUCUGCACAAGAAUUGCCGUAUUAUCCACACUGAUAUUAAGCCAGAAAACAUCCUCAUAUGUGUAAAGGCCGACAACCUGCAGCAGUACGUGGCAGAGGCAGCGGCCUGGAACCACAAUAGGAGCUGUGAAGGUGCAGCUGAUGGGGUUGAUGUGAACUUCUUAACGCACCUCUUUGAAACUGGAAAUGCAGACAUGCUGGGUGUAAAAAUCGCAGACUUGGGCAGUGCGUGCUGGACAUAUAAACCCUUUUCUGAAGAAAUACAAACGCAGCAAUACAGGGCACCGGAGGUCCUGCUGGGUUCCGGGUACAGCACCCCCGCUGACAUAUGGAGCUCUGCAUGCAUGGCAUUUGAAAUGGCCACCUCCCACUACCUGUUCGAACCACAAGCUUCAGAACAUUUUUCAAGGAAUGAUGAUCACAUUGCCUGUAUGAUUGAACUGCUUGGUCGGAUACCACCCAAAAUAGUUUUUUCAGGAAAAUACUCCUCAACAUUUUUCAAUAAGCAAGGUGAUCUCCUGCGUGUUCCAUACCUGUACCCUUGUGGUCUGUACGACACCCUGGUGAACAGGCACAAAUGGCAGAAGAACGAGGCGCUCGUAUUUGCCAGUUUCCUCUUACCCAUGCUGGAUUAUACGCCAGAGAGGCGAGCCACCGCAGAGAAGUGUCUGGAGCACCCGUGGUUACAAUACUGACCACACCCUGUCUGUGCGUCGCCGCACCUUCCUAUUUUUAUACCUGACUUCAUUAUUAAAUAUGUAAUAAGA